CGCACGCAAGCAAACACAGUUGGAUGCUCCAUAUAUAUAUAUCACUACACGCACACAAACCAAAACACACACAAGGCAAAAAUAAAAUUGUAAAAAAAAAAAAAAAAAACACAGAGAGAGUAAAUUUUAGAUGGUGAUGGAGUCUGGAGCUCCAAGGCCGAGACCACUGAGUCGCCUCAACGCCUUCGUCGCAAAGAGCAGAGUAGGGAAGCGAUUCAAACUCGACGAGCGGAACUCCACUUUCACCACCGAGUUACGUGCCGGCACCGCCACCUUCCUCACAAUGGCAUACAUCCUGGCUGUUAACGCCUCCAUCCUCACUGACUCUGGCGGCCCCUGCUCUAUCUCUGACUGCGUCCCGCUCUGCUCCGAUACCAGUGUCCUGGUCGAAAACUGUACCGGACCUGAUCAUAGAGUCAUCCAACCCGACUCCACGUGCAAGUUCGAACCCAUCAACCCCGGAUAUGCCAAGUGCCUUGAGAAGGUACGGAAAGAUCUGAUCGUCGCCACUGUUGCUUCUUCGUUAAUUGGGAGUUUCAUUAUGGGGACAUUCGCCAAUUUGCCUUUGGCUUUGGCCCCGGGUAUGGGAACAAACGCCUAUUUCGCUUACACGGUGGUUGGGUUUCACGGGUCGGGUCAACUUUCAUACGAGAACGCUUUAGCCGCCGUUUUUAUCGAGGGAUUGAUCUUCUUAGGAAUUUCCGCAAUUGGGGUGCGAACGAAACUGGCCAAAUUGAUUCCCAAACCGGUACGAAUCAGCUCUUCCGCUGGGAUUGGACUCUUUCUCGCAUUUAUCGGUUUGCAGAAUAAUCAGGGACUCGGGUUAGUUGGGUUCAGCCCGUCAACACUACUCACUCUCGCUGCCUGCCCGAGUUCCUCCAGGGUAUCGGUGGCUCCGGUUAUUACUUCAGCAAACGGCACCGUCAGUUUGCUUCCCGGCGGUACCGCGUCCGGCGAUAUUUACUGCCUACAUGGCCGAAUGGAGAGCCCUACAUUCUGGCUCGGAAUUGUGGGUUUCGUGAUCAUUGCGUACUGUCUAGCGAAGAAAAUCAAAGGCGCAAUGAUAUACGGAAUCGUUUUCGUCACCGCCGUGUCGUGGUUCCGUAACACGAAAGUGACGGCGUUUCCUAAUACCGAUUCCGGUAACUCGGCUCACGAGUACUUCAAGAAGGUAGUUGAUGUACACGUCAUCGAAAGUACAGCUGGCGCACUCAGUUUUAAUAGUAUAGGUAAAGCUUUCUUUUGGGAGUCCCUGAUAACCUUCUUAUACGUCGACGUAUUGGACACGACUGGCACAUUGUCUUCCAUGGCCCGCUUCGCCGGUUUCACCGAUGAGAACGGCGAUUUCGAGGGCCAGUAUUUCGCAUUCAUGUCCGACGCCUCGUCGAUCGUGGUGGGGUCCUUACUUGGCACGUCACCCGUAACGACGUUUAUCGAGUCCUCUACGGGAAUAAGGGAGGGAGGGAGGACUGGGCUGACGGCGUUAACCGUCUCAGUGUAUUUUUUCUUGUCGUUCUUCUUCACGCCGUUAUUAGCGUCAAUUCCAGCGUGGGCGGUGGGCCCGCCGCUGAUCCUGGUUGGAGUGUUGAUGAUGAGAUCAGUGGUGGAGAUUGACUGGGACGAUAUGAGGCAGGCGAUCCCGGCUUUUGUGACGUUGAUUCUAACGCCUCUGACGUAUUCAAUUGCUUAUGGUUUGAUAGGUGGCAUUGGGACCUAUAUAGUGUUGCAUUUAUGGGAUUGGGGUGAGGACAUUUUGGUAAAAUGGGGUUAUGUAAAGAGAAGUUGUGAGGUCAAUGGUACACAUGCCCUACAAGAUGGGACUGUUAAACCAAAUGACCUUGAAGUAUAGGGAAACGAACCAUAAGGAGUAUUUGAUUAUUGUUAAUUUUUUGUUAUUUUUAGCUCUUAUGUUUUGGAGCCAAUGCUAGCAAAAGAGUCAUAAAAUAUGUAAAGCAUCUUUGUAUAAUGAUUAGUGUAUACUCCUUUCAUUAUUAUCUCUCUAUAUGAACUAAUUUAUCAUUUGAACAUU